GGCAGUAAAUAUCGCGCCCUGACUCACUCCUGUGAUUUUUCUGUGGAGCGUCGAUAUCGAGUAAAGCCACCAUAGACACUUCAAUACGCAACGAAACAGAGCAAAACAAGAGGAUAUAAAAAAAUACCGAGUUUUGGUGGACAGGUGUAUUUCUUCAGGAUCACCACUGGUGCGCGCUUUUGACCUGCAAAUAAAGACCACAACCAACAAACAAUUUGAGAGCUCGAGGGCGCGUCCGCACUGGACUCUUUGACCAUGGCGGAGCUCUCCAGUCCUGAAUUUGAGAUCGACGUGGAGAGUCUGGAGACGGAAGCGGCCGGAGAAGACGAGUCUGGCUGCAGGGAGGACGAAGAGGACAAGGCGAGCCAUGCAACCCACCCGGCAGCAGGGGAUCAGAAAAAGCUAAGCCGCACACCGAAAUGUGCCCGCUGCAGGAACCACGGCGUGGUGUCGUGCCUCAAAGGCCACAAGCGCUUCUGCAGGUGGAGAGACUGCCAGUGCGCCAACUGCCUGUUAGUGGUGGAGCGCCAGCGGGUCAUGGCCGCUCAGGUGGCCCUCAGGAGGCAGCAAGCCACAGAGGAUAAGAAAGGAAUAACAGGGAAGCCAAUACCAGCUGAGAGACGAACUAUCUACCAAAGACACAUGCGCCCUUCCACCAUGCUGGCUAAAAGUAUCUUAGAAGGCUACCGUCCUGUCCAGUCUGACCCUUUCCUGGGUAUGAAUCCAGCUCUGCCACCACCUCUUAGUGACCGCAUGAGAAAAAGACGUGCUUUUGCUGACAAGGAGCUCGAGAGCAUCAUGCUCGAGCGGGAAUACAAAGAGAGGGAACUUCUUGAGUCCAACCAGUCCUCAUCGAGCUCUUUGUUUCUACCGGGCAGCGUAGUGCAUGCUGCCGAGUACAACUCUUACAAGACGGCUUUUUCUUCAUCAUCUGCUCCCACUGUAGCUGCUGAAGCAGCACCCAAGGAGCUGUGUAGCUUCCUACCCAGCUGUCUGGACCUGCCACUGGGUUACAGAGCAGCUGGUGGGGCAGCAAACGUCGAGCUGAUUUCCUCUAAUGUAAGCGUGGCUACUACCUACCGCCAGUACCCACUAUCUUCCCGCUUUGUCAUGUGGCCAAGGGGCGGCAACAACCUAGGUGAUGCUCUCCUCUACCAGCAGUGCCUCCUCAACGCCACUGCAGUGCAGAACCUCAAACCUGGUGCUGUCUGGGACCCCAAAAUGAUGCCAUCAAAUGAGAGUAACUCUCCUGAGCAGGAAUCUGCAGCUUCAGUGGUUUCUAGGCUCGAGGGUUCCCGUGUGGCCCCAGAACCAAGUGAACUACCAACUGGAGAUGCCCAGACAGGAUCAAACAUUAGGGAGCGCUCAGCAUUUUCACCCCCCAAGAAACUUUUUGGAUCAGCAUUUGCCAGUGGACCACUCCCACCAGGAGCUCAUGAACAUUUGUUAAAUAAUAUUAGCAAAGAUAACACCAAGCACACACUGUCUAUGAAGCUGAAUUCCUUUCACUCUCUGAUCCAGCAAACUCUGAACGAGAAGGGUGCUGAUCUGCGGAGCCCCUACUGUAAAGAUCUUCUGGAAGGGGCUGCUAAAAGAUACAGGGACGGAACAGCAAAAGACUCAGCUGGCUUUAAAAGCUCGGAGAGAGCAGUAAAAGACAUGAUGGUUAAGCCAACAGGCACAAAAGUUUCUUCGAAUGAGCCUUUGUCAUUUUCUGUGGAAGCCAUUUUAAAAAGACCCUCACUGCCCAUAAACCGAUCAUCACAGUAAGAUCACCUAUUAACUAAAAGCAAUCACAAAUGUACUUCUGGACUACAAUGUUUGUAUCAUGUGUAUUUAUUUUUUAUUCAUAAUUUUGCUGGUUGUGUUUGUAUGUGAGAGUAAAGACUUGGGUGAAUAUAGCACUCAUUUAUUUCUGAAAACUAGUCCCCUCAACCCAUCUAAUACUUGUGUAAAUAUCAGUGUAAAUAUUAUAGUAUGUGACACAAGCAUGUUAUAAAUGCAGUGUGUAGAGUAUUUAAAAAAGCAUUAGUAAUUUUUACUUUCCAACGUGACAAUAAAAUUUUAUUCAAACUCAA